AUGCUCGCCUCCCGUCUAUUUACGAUCGCGAAGGAGCUGUAUGAUCCACCUAGGGGCGUCGAAUUUUUGUUCCGCUUUUGUUCUCCCCUUAAAUCCCCCACUUCCGCCAUAUAUUCCAUGGAAGAUUAUCACAGACAGGACAUGGCAGCUUCCUGCAUAUUCCUUGCAACAAAGACGGAGGAGUGCGGACGCAGGCUUCGCGACGUAGCAAGGGCGUGUCAGGCUAAAAUUACAGGAAAAGAUGUCUCCCUUAUACACAGCGAGAGCCCAGAAGUCGAUCAACUGCAAAACGUCAUUCUUCUCACAGAAGAAGUCCUCCUCGGGGCACUUUUACACGACUGCACCCAUCGGACACUACUUUGCAUCUUAUUCCUUCCUUGUAUCGUUGCGUACACUUGCUACGUUCUGGCGCAGCGAGCUCGUCCCUGGAUGCCCGCAUCUCUGCCUUCAGCAUCCCUUCCGACGCCUCCUUCUCAUAAACCCGCUUCACCUGAUGCUUCUCGCUUCGCAGUUGAAUGUUACGGGUUCACAGAAGAUGACAUAGCCAAGGUCUCAGCAUACCGGCUUGCCAAAUAUCAUUCAGCCCAAGACAUGCAGAACGCGCCUCGUAUUCCUCCUCCAACAGGUUCUCUGCGCCCAACUCUUUAUGAACCUUUCUCUCAGCACCCUAACAGAGCACCAAUUUCAUCAUACGGGGGUAAUACGCCCUCCAAGACAGCGCUGCACGUUGCUGAACAGCCGGAAAGGGCCAUCCCAGAAUCAGCAAAAAAAUGA